GCAGGAACGCUUUGGGGUGGGGACUGGAUCUAACUCCCAGGCCCUGUGCAGGGGAGGCUGAUGGGUGGCCCUUAGCUCGCCUGCACCCCGCAGCCCAGGGCCCCUUCCGCAGAGGAAGGCGGGCCUGGGCCAUCUCUGAGGGAGGCCUCGUGUGCGCAGUGCCCUGGUCUUCAAAGGAGAGGCCCGCGGCGCCCGUGAGCUUAGCUCUGAGAGCCGCCACUGGGCGGAAGACCUGUCUGCAAGGAGGGCUGGCUUAGGAAAGCCCACUCUGUCGGGAGCGGGGAAAGGUGUUCAGCGAGACAGGGGUACCGGAGGGAGCUCCACAGCUCAGAACAGGCCUGGCCUCCCGAAGCGCCACCUCCAGAAGACAGGACAGGGGAGGACGGAACUCCUAGGUUCUUGAACCGGCCUCCGGGAGAGCCACCUACCGCCCCUUCCCCCCACCUGCUGCAGCACAGAGCCCAGGAACAGGCACAGCGCAGCACGCAUCCAGGUGGGGACCAGACUCCCGGCGCCUAUUUGCAGACACCCCCGAAACUUUACUAGGAGUUUCCUUGCAUCCGCUAGGUUGGCUUCGUGGAGGGAAAGUGUUACCGGACACAGCACCGGGUCCGAACUCAGGUUGGGCUGCUCGCUGCUGGAAAAGCAAUACUCGCGAGACAAUUGAUGGUGGGAAAGGAAAGGUUGGUUGCUUUGUUCAGUAAGCCGGCAACUGGGAAGUGGGUGGACUCACGUCGCAAAGACCAUCUUCUCCGUCCAGGCGAAGUCAGAGGGUUUUAGAGGGGAAGGGAAAGGGGGAGGGUAGAGAAGGGUCUGCAUGCUGGAGAAGCAGGUGUCCUGGUGCUUAGUCCUGUUGUCGGCAUGAUCCUGAACAGACUUGCUGGCAUCCGGCAGCUGAUCUGAUCUUCUAGCAAAGUCCGCCCCUUCACCCCCCAAGGCCAGUGGUCUGCAAAUCUCCAAGAAAGUUAUUUCUGCUACAGACCAAGGGACUUAGGUCAGCAAGCAAGGAGUGCAUAAGCUUGAAGGAAGGUAACCCUUAAGACCGGUUGGCAGGCUGUUACAAAAGCACCCACCCCCUUUAAGUGAGUAGCUUCUCUCUACAAGCACUAUACUCCCAAAGGCUGAUGUCCUCCUUCCCUGCAUGAUCUUAUAUUGCGAGGGAAAGAAAGUUCUCAAUAGGCACCACUCACUGAGCCCUGUACAUAAGCUUGGUUGGGCUGCUAGGGUUCCUUGGAUUUAGAAUAUGGGGUAUUUAGCACCUCUUAUCCACAGCUUUAGACCUUCGUUGCCAUUCUUGAGCAACAGGACAAAUCCCCCACCUGUAUGAAAUAAGUGCCUUUAGAGAAGCCCUGAGGACAGAGAGAGCAAUCAGAGCUGCCGUGUAUGUUCGUGCAAGUUACUCACUGCACAAGGGCACCUGGUGGAAGUGGAGGGGUAGCCACUGGGCACUGGGAUCUGGAACUCAGCCCUUACCUGAUCACAAAGUCAUAAGCCUGGCAAGGGCUGUGUCUGCCAGGAGGAAGGGGAGCCUUCUUCAGAUUCACCUGCUCUCCCAGGAGCCUGCCCACAGCAGCCCCCUUUUCCUUCUCAGGCACGGAGAAGGGCAGGCUGUAGCCCUUGGGGAGUUAGGUGACUGCCUUUGAAGAAAAGGCUCCUGUAUGGAGCCCCAGCCCAGGAUUCUUUGGUUUCUGUGGGCCACAGUCACCUCACUUCUCCCACAAAUAGAAACUCCCUUGGAGGUACACAGCGUGUUAGCCGGAGGGCCCCACCUUUUCUGGUGUUUGUAGUCUCCAUCGGGGCACUGCUGGGGGCCAAUGUCAGUGCUCGUGUAGAAGCCUGGCGUUUGAUUAUAAGGUUUUUCAGCCAGAAAACAUGUAUUUGCACUGUUCUGUUGACUCUGGCCUGGUUCCUUAAGCCAAGCUGUGAACAGCCUACCCUCAUUUCUCUUGUUCCCAGAAUCCUUUAGGUGCAAAGACACACUUCUAGACUGAAAGGUCAGUAUCAUCCCAGUGGACAAAGAUUAAGGAGGGCCCGAAGAUAUGUCUUUCUCGGUAACCCCGCGGAUAGGCCCUCUGCUCCUCUCCCUUCCUGCAGCCCUGUGAAGGGGGCGGGGUAGCCCAAAGGGGCGUGGCCAACAAAUCCCAGACACAGCCAAUCCCAGAGGGGUCCUUCGGGUGGUCGCGGGGGAGAGGGGCGUGGCCUGAAAAAUUUCAGCGACGAGGCUGGACCAAUCCCGACCCGGGAGGUGAAGCUGACUCCAUACCUGGACCCAGGUGCGCUCGCCCCGCAUCUCUCGGUUGCUUCCUUCACCGGAUGGAGUGGGCCCAAGCGGCGUCCGGAGGAGACCAACCCGGGGUCGAGUUCCCAAUGGAGCCCUUGGGGAGCCAGGUCGCGGGACUGGAGCAGCCGCAGGCCCGCGCAGAGGAGCGACGGCUCGAGAGUUCCGAGAGCAGCCCGAGUCUGGCCCGCGCCGUAAAGGAGGCGGCGGGCGCGGGCCAGGACCUCUCCGGCGGGAAAAAGCUGCCCCCGCCUCGCCCGGCGCUCCUGCGGCUCCCGCCCCCCAGCUUGGGCUACGGCGCCUUCCGCCGCCAGGCGUCGGCCGGCUCCGAGCCGCCGUCGCCCGGCCCCGUCGCGGCCGAGCAGCCCCGGGCGGGCGUGUCGCCGGGAGCCGAGCCGGUGCCAGGGGAGCCGCAGCAGGGCACCUGGGCCCCGGUGGAACUGCAGGUGGACGUGCGCGUGAAGUCCGUGGGCGUGGCGGGCGGCAGCCGCGCGCCCUCGCCGGCGCCGUCGCCGCGCUUCCUCACCGUGCCGGUGCCAGAGUCCCCGGCCUUCUCCCGCCACGCCUUGCCCGCCCACCCGCUCCUGCCGCGGACUCCAGCCCGGCCGGAGCACGGCCUCGACGCCGAGGGACGGGCGAGCCCCGCCGACGGGCGCUCGGAGCCCCCGGGCUCCCCCACGUGCCUCGGCCGCUGCAGGGAGCUGGAGCUGGAGAAGAAGGAGGACGCCGCGCUGCUGCACCGCGCCGAGACGGGCGGCGACGAGAAGCUGCCCCGGGCCGUAAAGUUCAUAGGGCUGCCUAUGUACAUGAAGUCCCUGCGUUGGGCCCUGGCAGUCAUGGCUGUGUUUCUGGCCGUGUCCGCAGUCGCCAUCGUGGCUCUGGCUUCUAGAGCAGGGACCAGGUGCCGGCCAUGCCCCCAGGGCUGGAUGUGGUCCGAGGAGCGCUGCUACUAUCUCUCUGCCGAAGCUCAGGCCUGGGAGGCCAGCCAGGCUUUCUGCUCGGCUCACCAGGCCACCCUUCCGCUGCUGAGCCACACCCAGGACUUCCUGAGCAGAUACCCAGUCACCAAGUACUCGUGGGUGGGGGCCCGGCGAGGCCCCCAGGGCUGGCACUGGAUCGACGGGGCCCCACUAUCGCCCCAGCUACUCCCAGAGGAAGAGGAGGACCAGCCAGAUCUCAAGUGCGGGGGCCUGGAGGGAGGCAAGCUGGUGGCUUUGGACUGUGCCUCUCCAAGACCAUGGGUCUGUGCCAAGGGGACCAAGUGACUUGGGUUCUGCCCGUCCUGAGACUUGGGGGGCAUGCAGCCCCCCCAGGGGAAGCUAGGUUGCUAGCUGGGGUAGCCUCUUCCCUGGACCAAGACUUCCAGGUCUCCCUGCUCUGUGCUCAAGGGACCCUUUCUGAGCCUACUGGGGCCUGGACUUCCGGCUCAGGCAGAUCACGUCCAAGGGAAAGGAGGAUUUCUGCGGCCCUGGGCUGACCGUCCAGCUUCUGAAAUGGAUUUGUUUGGUUACCUUGGGGUGGUUUUUUUUUUUAGCAUUUUUGAAUCUAGUUUUCUCCCUCAUUAAAAUGGCCAUUUCCCAUC